AUGAAGUUCUUAAUCGCAUUCAUUGCCUUCGCUCUCAUCUCAACAGCCUACUCAGCAGGAUCAACAACCAAGAAGCCAUCCACAAAAGCUAUUCUAGAUGCACAAAUCAGAGACGCUGUUGGAUUCAUCAACACUUUCAAAGGAACUGUUAAAGACUUAAAAGACAGCAUCUCAUUCGCAAUCAAUAAUCCAGGACCUAAGGAGACCCUAAUAUUCACACAAAAUGAUAUCAACUACUUCUGUUCUGGAGUUUGUGCUGAAAUGUCAACAAACUUGAUUUCGUGCAAAGAUUUCACGACUUUGGUUAAUGCACAAAUGACGGUUGCUGGGAGAGUUAAGAACUAG